AUGUUCGUCUUCAAGCGAGAUGGACGUAAAGAACGCGUGCAAUUCGACAAGAUCACAGCCAGAGUGUCAAGAUUGUGCUAUGGCCUUGACCCAGAACAUGUCGAUGCGGCUGCAAUAACUCAGAAGGUCAUCUCUGGCGUCUACCAAGGUGUCACUACAAUCGAACUCGACAAUCUUGCCGCAGAGACCGCUGCAUAUAUGACUGUCACUCAUCCCGACUAUGCCAUCCUCGCUGCGCGUAUUGCAGUGUCGAAUCUCCACAAGCAGACGAAGAAGCAGUUCUCGGCUGUUGUCUCAGACCUCUAUCAUUACAUCAACCCAAAGAAUAACAAACCGGCUCCUAUGAUCUCGAAAGAUACCUACGAGUGUGUGAUGAGACAUUCUGAGGAACUCAACUCUGCUAUCGUCUAUGACAGAGAUUUCAACUACCAAUAUUUCGGCUUCAAAACCCUGGAACGUUCAUAUCUGCUCAAGAUUGGUAAACAAGUAGCUGAGAGACCCCAACACAUGCUUAUGCGUGUUUCUGUGGGCAUACAUGGUGACGACAUCGAGAAGGCAAUUGAAACAUACAACCUCAUGUCACAAAAGUUCUUCACGCAUGCUUCUCCUACGCUGUUCAAUGCUGGUACACCGCAAGGACAGUUGGCGUCCUGCUUCCUCAUCGACAUGAAAGAGGACAGUAUCGAAGGCAUCUAUGACACUCUCAAAACCUGCGCCAUGAUUUCCAAGAACGCUGGAGGUAUUGGGCUCAACGUUCACUGCAUUCGCGCUACUGGUUCCUACAUUGGUGGCACAAAUGGGUCAUCCAACGGAUUGACUCCUAUGUUACGCGUCUUCAAUAACACCGCUCGUUAUGUCGAUCAAGGCGGCAACAAGCGUCCAGGUGCAUUCGCUAUAUACCUUGAGCCAUGGCAUGCCGACGUCUUUGACUUCUUGGACCUUCGCAAGAACCACGGCAAGGAAGAAAGCCGGGCCCGAGAUCUCUUCUAUGCUCUCUGGACCCCAGACCUGUUCAUGAAACGUGUCGAGAAGAAUCUUGACUGGACUCUCUUCUGCCCUCACGAGGCUCCAGGCCUGGCAGAUGUGUAUGGCGACGAGUUCGAGGCACUUUACGAGAGAUACGAGAAGGAAGGCCGCGGUCGGAAAGCUGUGAAGGCGCAGAAACUCUGGUAUGCGAUUCUUGAGUCUCAGACAGAGACUGGGACGCCGUACAUGCUUUAUAAAGAUGCGUGUAACAAAAAGAGCAACCAGAAGAACCUUGGGACUAUCCGAAGCUCCAAUCUCUGCACUGAGAUUGUUGAAUACAGCGCACCAGAUGAGGUCGCAGUUUGCAAUCUGGCAUCGUUGGCUCUUCCCACUUAUGUUGAUUCUGGUCGAGGCGAGUACGACUUUGGCCGCCUCCACGAUGUGGUCCAGGUCGUGACACGCAACCUGAACAGGGUCAUUGAACGCAGCCAUUAUCCAGUUGAGGAGGCACGCCGAAGCAAUUUCCGACAUAGACCUAUUGGUCUCGGUGUUCAGGGUCUUGCAGAUGCCUUUCUGGCAUUGCGUCUGCCAUUCGAUUCUCCUGAAGCACGUCAACUAAACAUCCAGAUAUUUGAAACGAUCUAUCAUGGCGCACUCACUGCCUCCUGUGAGCUUGCCAAAGAGCUCGGAACAUAUGAGACCUACGAGGGUUCUCCAGUCUCCAAAGGCGAGCUUCAGUACGACAUGUGGGGCGUCACACCGUCAGAUUUGUGGGAUUGGGCCAGCUUGAAGGCUGACAUCGCCAAGCAUGGUGUUCGCAACUCCCUUCUUGUGGCGCCUAUGCCGACAGCAUCCACCUCCCAGAUCUUGGGAAAUAACGAGUGUUUCGAGCCAUAUACCUCGAACAUCUACUCUCGUCGUGUUCUGGCUGGAGAAUUCCAGGUCGUCAAUCCAUGGCUGUUGAAAGAUCUUGUUGAUCUCGGUCUCUGGUCCGACAACAUGAAGAACAGAAUCAUUGCUGAUGGCGGCUCAGUCCAAAAUAUUCCCAACAUUCCUGCUGAUAUCAAAGCAUUGUACAAGACUGUUUGGGAGAUCAGCCAACGAACUAUCGUGCAGAUGGCUGCUGAUCGAGGUGCAUUCAUUGACCAAUCCCAGUCUCUCAAUAUUCAUCUCAAGGAGCCUACCAUGGGCAAGAUCACCUCCAUGCAUUUCGCUGGGUGGAAACUUGGCUUGAAGACGGGAAUGUACUACCUGCGUACCAUGGCCGCCUCUGCGCCCAUCCAGUUCACAGUGGACCAGGAGCAGCUUCAAGUAGUAGACACGAAUGUGGCGCGUCAGCGAGCAGCACCAAAGAAGAGACUCACCUCUAGCGGGUAUAACGGUUCAUACGCAGCAAUUCCCAGACCAAUGUACGCCCAAAAAGGCAGCGGCCACGGAUCCGCAACAUCCGUCAAUGGGAUGCCAACCCCUACAGCCACGCCUCCGCCCACCAGCGAGCAAAAGACCUUUGCUCCGGCGGCAAUCAAGAAGGCUUCUCGUCUAAGUGAAGGUGAAGAUAGCGAUGAGUCUUCCCCUAGAGCACUACCAACCGAUCCUGCCGAGACACCAGAUCAGGAUGAAGGCCUUCCGGAUCCUGUUACCAGGACGGACAAGAAGACACAGGAGGAGGAUGAUAAAGAGAACAACGAGGAUCGUGAAGGUGAUAUCUAUGCACAGAAGGUGCUGAUGUGCUCGAUUCAGAACAAGGAGGAGUGCGUUAUGUGCAGCGGUUGA